AUGAGAAGUGACAGGUAUAAAGGCAUGAUUGACAUUGUCCUUGGGCACUGCAGUUUAAAAGCAGAUGGAGAAGUGAGCCUGGCAAGCAAUGAGACACGUACAGCAUGGAUGCUUACUCUUCAAAACAAGUGUGGCAGUGUGGAGAUGGUGGGACUGCCUCACGCAGUAGCCUUCGAGGGCUCGUUCGAGCAGAACGGCUGCAACAUUGGCUUGUUGAUGGACCUGCAGUGUGAUGGCAGAACAGCUGAUGUGCAGCUAGAGGCUUCCUGCGAGCAUGAAUACACAGUGCAAGGGGUGCUGAGGCAUGCAAUUCCCUGGCUCCAGGAGCUGGGGCUGCCUUUGGAAAACUCCCUGCUCUUCUCUGCAGCCACAGAUGCCAGCGCUGAAAGCAUUUUGGUGCUGCAGGCUGGCCCGUGCAGCCUUAAGGCUAGGGGAGAUGUCUACAUUCAGAGCAAAGCUGAAUGGACACUGGAAACAGAAGCAGAGUGUCACCUUCUGCAGAAUCUCGGUGUUCCGGCUCAGUCACGGCUCACAGGGUAUAUUCAGAAGGAYAUCUGCCAAGCAGGGUUCCUGUGUGUCCUUGAAGCGGACGGCAAGGCAGCCCGUCUCGAAGUCAGAGCAGAGUGCGAGCCAAGGACGACCCUGGAAGCUCACUUCAGGCAUGAGUUCCCGCAACUGAAAGGAAUUCCAAGGGAAAACAAACUGUCUGUCACGGAUCUUGGAGCACCAUUAAAAAUUGAUGGUUCAGGCUACAUUUUGAUGGAUAAAACAAACCUAGAUUCACAGACAUUGAUGAUUGUUGAUGAAAAUAAAUUGCAAGGACUCCUUAUACUGAAAGCCACUGAAGGAAGACAGGAGUUGGAUGCACUGCUAACUCAUAACAUUCAAGGAGCUGCUGACAUGGGCAUUCCUGCAAGGACAUUAAUUGAUGUUUCUUCAGAAAGAAACGGGCACCUCUAUAAAAGAUUUAUUCAGUUCUCCGUGAACAACAAGCAGAUCACCGAAGAACUGAGCUUUGUCCAGAACUUGGAUGGUGUGUCUCUUAACUACAAACUUACUCAUAACAUAGAAACACUGAAGGCUUUCCAUAUAGAAAACAGGAUUGAGUUGCAGGCUGCCUUGGACCUGAAACCAAUCAAGCGAUUUAGUAUUGAAGAGCACUAYGGUGGUUGCCUGGUGGUUCUUGAAGGACAAAUCCAGGAGUUUGAAACAACUACAGACAUAACUGUGAAUUUUCAGCACACAUGGCCAUGGUUGCUACAAGUCAGAGUGCCACCAUCCUUGCAGAUAGAUGUGUGUUUUGAAGGAAGAAACACUACUCAAGAAAGACGUAUGCUCAUUGCAGCUGGGGAAACAUCGGUCACGUACAUGAUAAACUCUCAUUAUGUUGGUCACCAAAUGGAUAUUUUUUGCCAAAGUGUUCAUAACAGCGAGACAUUACAGGCCUCUGGCUACCCUAAGGCAAUCAGUGUGAAUCUGAACUUACAGAAAUUAGAAAACAAAGCCAAGACUAUCUGCGAAGUCCGAUAUGAUGACAAAGACAUAACCGUGACUAUGGAUGUUGACACAGACUUUGAACUAUAUGGGACGUUUGAAUUCAUGGCAGAGAUGGCAGUUCAUGAAGUGCUGACAGAAAAUGAAAUUACAGGAGCUCUGGAGCUGACAAGUAAAGAAAACACAAGCUUUUUCUUAGCCAUCAAUAGGAAAAAUGAUCAGCAARGUGAGGAACUGACCAUCAAAGCCUUCCAGAACCUUCCCUGCUUUCUACAGUACCUCCCCAGUGCAGCAGGGCUUUCUUUCAAGGUAAAUUACGAUGUGAGUGAAGCAGACGGCAAACUCUUCCUCCGGAUGGAAAACGAAGAUUUCAAUUUUACAGCUAAGCUGAGUUUCACUGGGACUAACUAUACCAACAUCAUUGAAAUGAUGCACACAAUACCUCAGUUAAAAAGUCUUCCAAGGCAGCUGGUGCUCAUGACAGUUUACCAAAAAAAUAAUGGAAGCCACAAACUGAGGCACGUAGCUCUCUGGGAUGGCAAAGAGGUGAAGGCAACAGGCACUUACACUGGUUUCUUCCCAAAGCUAACUGGAGGCCAUAAAGUUAAUGUGGAGCUUUCCCAUCCUCUCUCCAUCCCUUUCCCUUGGCACGUCAGGCUUGACGCGUACGUGGAGCAUUCGGCACAGAGUCACCAGGAUGACCUGACUCUGGUUUGGAACGACAAGCACCAGGUAUCGGCGGCGGCGGCGCUGAGGUUCGGGCGCGAGCGAGUGAGCUGCAGAGCUGCCCUUUCCCUCCCGUUUAACUUCACUCUGCGGCAGCUGGAGGUCCGAUCCCUGGCGGAGACACGAGGCAGAAAGUACAACCAGCAGGUGCAGCUCGUGUGGAACGGCGGGCAGCCCGCUGAGGCCCGCCUGGCCCUGGAGGAGAGGUCSGGGACGAACGUCACCGCGUGGGACGCUUGUGCCACUCUCUGCCCAGGGCAGCUCCAGGCAGUACUAAAUAUGGGGCACUUCARUGCAUGUGGGUCCCUAGAGCAAACUGCAGUGUUGUUUAAAGAAUAUCUAGAUCUGAACUGGGAUGACAAAAAAUUCAAACACAAUUUGACUUACGAGAGAAACGGCUUCUUGUAUCCUGAUAAGCUUCAGUUAGAAGUCACUUUGGAAAACGUUUUCCUGACUUCGUGCACUACGCAGAAUAUUCUGGGUAAAAUAGAAACAAACUACUCAUCCUGGCUGGACUAUUACRUAAACUUUGGAUCCUGCGACCUUCCAACUGUAAUUGCUUUCUCUGGAAAACAUCAGCUCAACAAAGGAGAUAUUAUUUUGCAAUCCGAGAGCAGAUUCCACCUCGCUGAUGGAAGAGAUGAUGGGCUGAUUGGAGUAUCCUUCAAAAACAAGAGCACAGCUGAUGAGAAGAACUAUUACAUGGAGAUUGAAUUAAAAGCCUUUGAAGAUGUUUGGCUAGGCCUGACAGGAACUACUUCUUCCUCAGCUGUUCAGAGCCAAAUCRUGGUGGAGGGGAUUGUUGAUCAGCAAGAGAAAGUAAAAGUAGCUGCUUCCAAAGGAAAGGGGUGUCUGCGGUACUACAUGGGCUACCUGAAAGGGGAUUUAGAGGAAGGAGUGGAAGUCAGUGCUUGCUCCUCUGUGCAGCACAUGGCUGCAGUGAAUGCCUAUCUCAACAUGAAUGGUGAACGGCAAGAAAAGCUGGGACAGCUGAUCCUAACAGCUGCUAAUGGAAGUUUGAGUUUCUUGGCUCAUGGAUGUGGGGAUUCGCUUCUUAAGGCUGAGUAUAAACUUAAUGAAGUUGGGAGACUUCUGAAAGCCAAACUAGUGGAAAAGAUGACAAAGGUGGAUGGAUAUGCAUGGAGACUCAGGAGAUCAAGACUUGAUGAUAUCAAACCUAUCUUUGUUCCUGAUAAAACUGAUAGUUCUCAGUAUCAAUAA